AACAAUAUGGCGGAUUACAAUCAAAAGCCGGAAACUUUGGAUGGAUCGGGGGACAUUACUAAUUCCAACGAACAUGUUGGAAGUCAAGAGUGUGACAGUGAUGAAAGGAAGAAGAGGGCGGAGGAACUGAAAGAAAAGGCUAAUUCGUUUUUCAAAAAGGAAGAUUACAACCAGGCAAUAACGUACUAUUCAGAAGCAAUAGAGGUUGACCCAUCGGUUGCAGCUUACUACAGCAACAGAAGUUUGGCCUAUCUCAAAACAGAAUGUUUUGGCUAUGCUCUGAAAGAUGCAGGCCAAGCUGUUACUAUCGACCGCGGCUACAUAAAGGCUUAUUAUCGAAGAGCAUCAGCAAACAUGGCAUUGGGUAAAUUCAAGUUGGCUCUGAAAGAUUUUGAAAUGGUCACCAAAGUUAGACCAAAUGACAAAGAUGCCAAAAUGAAAUUCAGUGAGUGCAAUAAGAUUGUGAAGAUGAUUGCGUUUGAGAAGGCCAUCUCCUCUGAAGAUGAUGUCCCCAUGGAGCAGAGGCUGGACAUAGAAAGCAUGGUUAUCGAAGAUGACUACACCGGCCCUGCUCUUGAGGAUGAUCAAGUGACGCUCACAUUUGUAAAAGAUCUCAUGCAAACAUACAAGGACCAAAAGCGAUUACAUCGAAAAUAUGCAUACCAGGUUCUGUUACAAGUAAAGAAACUUUUUCAAAGCCAGCCAUCUUUAGUUGACAUCACAGUUUCAGGGAGCAACAAGUUCACAGUGUGUGGUGACAUCCAUGGCCAGUUCUAUGAUCUCAUGAACAUAUUCUCUCUCAACGGGGAGCCAUCUGAAGACAAUCCAUAUCUGUUUAAUGGAGACUUCGUGGACCGCGGCUCUUUCUCGGUUGAGUGUAUAAUGACUCUGUUCAGCUUGAAGCUGCUCUACCCCAAUCACUUCUUCAUGGCUCGAGGGAACCAUGAAAGCGUGACGAUGAACCAGAUGUAUGGAUUUGAUGGAGAAGUGAAAUCAAAAUACACUAGUCAGAUGGCUCAACUAUUCACAGAGGUCUUCAACUGGCUUCCACUUGCUCACUGUAUCAACAACAAAAUUAUGGUGAUGCAUGGAGGCCUGUUCUCCGAGGACACGGUAUCCCUUGACGACAUCCGGAAGGUAGAACGGAACAGACAGCCUCCUGAGACAGGCAUCAUGUGUGAACUCCUGUGGUCAGACCCCCAGCCCCAGCCCGGGAGAUCCACCAGCAAGAGGGGAGUAGGGGUCCAGUUCGGACCUGAUGUCACCAAGAAGUUCCUGCAAUACAACAACCUGGACUAUGUCAUCCGCAGCCAUGAAGUGAAGAAUGAUGGCUACGAGAUGGCGCAUGAUGGAAAGUGCAUCACUGUCUUCUCAGCUCCCAACUACUGUGAUACCAUGGGUAACAAAGGUGCUUUCAUAACUGUCCAAGGAAAUGAUCUCACACCUAAGUUUACUUCCUAUGACGCUGUGCCACAUCCAAACGUGAAACCUAUGGCCUAUGCAAGUCCACUAUUUAAUUUGUUUUAGGAACAAAAUGUAAAUAUGUGUAAGAUAUGUGUGAACAUCUGUGAAUAGGAUGUAAAUUAUGAACCAUGAGAUUGUGUAUGAUAGAACCUGAUUAUAGAUUACAGCAUGCCAAGCAUUGUGUUAACACUCAACUCAGUAUGUUUAUUUGACAUUAUUCCUGCUUUUGUGAACAUUAACAUGUCGGCAUCAUGAGGGUGAAACAUCAGAACAAUUAGUUCUAAUUUUGAAAUUGUUGUGGGCAGACUUACCUUUAUGUGCAACUUGAGUGUUACCAUGGUUACACAUUUUUCAUAUUCUGUCUCAAAUGAUCCUGGUAUGUGGAAAAUGGAACACAUUCACCUUCCACUCACACACAAGUAAACUUAUCAAAUCUGCUUGUUCUGGGUGAAAGGCUACUUGCCGUGUAUGGUUAAAUAUGUUUCUUUUUUAACAAAUUAUUCACCUUGAAUGUCAAUGAUGAAAAAGUGACAAGUACCAGUAAUAAUACUUCAUUAUGAAGUAAAUUUUCUUAAUCAUCAAAAAGUUAUUUACAAUGUAUAUUAUCUAAUACGAAGAGUGUAGAUAUGUCAUGCAAUGGUAUUUCCCCACUCCUGUCAUUACUACAGAGCUGUCAUGCAGGAAUUUGUAUUGAUGCAGCCAAGACUUCUACACAUGGGACCACAUAAUGUUGUAAGAAUGUGGAGGCGAAUGUGAUCAUGUAGUACCAUCGAUGUAAGUAUAGGAGCCUGUACCAGUACACUUUGUACAUCUUCCUGAGGCAAGGGCAUUAACUUACUAUAAUAGUCCAGUUUCCUCCCUUGCCGAACUAGACUGAAAUUUGUGGCUCGAACGUAGUGCCACCAGUGGCUAUUACAAGUUAUGUCCCAUCUAUGUCCCUCCUGAUGACCAAUCAGAUUCCACCUGUCAUGUCACAUGCAUUUGCUUCAAACAAAAUGGCGACGAUCAAGACGAUCUGGUGGAUAAUCAAAAUCUAUGUUGUGAUAUAAGGGGUCUUACUUCGUGAAGUGCAUCAAAUCAGGUAAGCACCUUGAUUAAAAUUGUGAUAUGAUUUGGGAAAUAUCUAUUGAUGCCGAGUUGGCGGUACAUAUUCUUUGCAAACCAUGCAAACAACCUUAAUUUGCAUGGCAGUUUACGAACGGGAUGUCGAUUUCGUUACGAGAUUUUGAUGGGACUAUGCAUAGACUCAUUAGUCAAGCAGAACUAUCACCAUGAUCACUGCGGAAUUCCUGCCUAGUUUGCCAAGGAUGGAAAGUGGACUUUUAUAGUCAGUUAACUCCCUUGCCCCGGGAAGACGCAUGGAAGUACUGUAUCUUCAGUCAGCUGUGCAGCCCAAGAAGGCAUGCAUGUUUCCCAGUGUUGCCAUGUUAUUGCGCAUGGCCUUUGGCAUCCCUGAGAUUUACCAUACCCCAGAUUACUUGUAUGGUGAUAGUUGGAUGUUGGGAUGGAAGGAAUGCUUGUAGCCGCUGCCUAAUCAGCACACAGUGUCAGACUCGUCCUCAUCAAGGAUCCAUAUAUAGGUAGCUGAUACUCAGCCAUGCUUUCAGCAUCCUCGGUGCUCAACGGUGUCAUAUCUCCAUUCUGUUAUGAUCUAUUCAACACCACAUCUUCAUCAGGCGGAGGGGGCACGGGUGGCCCAGUCGUCAAAGGCGCCGUGAUUCGCUGUGCAGAGUUGCGUCCCUUGGGCACGCUAGAAACCUGUGAUUGUGGGUUUGAAUCCCGGUUCGCCCCAAUUAUGUUUCUAGGUUUGUCAGCACCAUACCCGUGCUCGUGGGUUUCACCGAAGUGGUACACGUCUUAGACCUGCAUCACUUCCGGCUUUUCUCCCACAUUAAGCUGACACGCCAAAAAUGAACUGACACGCUGUGAUAUAACUGGAAUAAUGUUAAAAGCGGCGUUAAACCCAACUCACUCACUCACUCACUCACUCACUCACUCAUCAGGUGGAAAACCAUACAGCCUGAACUCCCCAGGAGCACUGAUACCGUCACAAUACAUAUCUCGAUACAUAGGUCAUGUACAAUAUGUAUCUCUGUCCGCCAGAAUAAUACAAAGGCCAUGGAAUUAAAAAGUUUAUCAAUUUAAAAAAAAUGGUACUUACAUGAUGGUCACUUUUUCUUGAUGAAGAAGUAUUUUUAUGGUCAUGUAUUGCAACACAGGUCUGCAUGUCAUUUUGUAUCAUGUAUCAUUCAGAAGACCAUGCACAUAUUGGGGUGAAUCAGAGUUUGGGUGUUUUGUUUCACCCAAAUGAAACUAACACACAUGUGACAAAAUCAAAAUCCAUUGCUCUUUUGGUUAUACAUCUUUUCAGACUAAUCAUUUCAUAUUUUAGGGCUGGGGAGGGGUUUGGACAAGAAAUACAAUUCUUUUCCCUGAAGCUGAACACAGUUGUACUCAGAACACACAGCAUGUCUAGUAAACAAUAUAUUUUUUAUUGUAAAAUCUGUGACAAAAGUUGUGUUUUCCUGUAGUUUCUUGAGCAUGGUAUUUUCGUCAACAAAAUGCCCGCCCACCCAGAAUAUCAAAGACUGGGCGCCUACAGUAUCUGUGUGGGAGGUCAGCUUGGCUUUAGCUUGUAUGAGAGCUACUUCAAAGUACAUAUCAACCUUCCCAAAGUCUUGGGAGUAAACCUUCGACGUAUUUUCUGAUCUUGUGGGAAGAGUCUUUUGUUAGUUGCCUUGUAUUGACAGAACACAUGCAAGUGAAUGUUCAUAGGUAGAAAUGAUGUAAAUGCCAAAUGGACGCUGCAUUAUUUUUCAAUAUUCAAGUCAUGUAUAAAACUGCCAAAUGAGAAAGCAUGAAGGAACUGGUUCGUAUUGACCAGGACAAGAAGUGUCCGGAGAGUGAGGGAGUGUUGGGUUGGUAGGUGGGCAUAUAACAGCAUUCAUUGUUGUGUGACUUGUACAUUCUUCAGGGUCUGUUACAAGAAACGAUGCAUGACAUCAAGAACCCAGGAAUACAUGAGUUAAGAUAUUCUGACAUUCUUUGAAAAUGCAGUGAUGUCUCUAUAUCGAUAUAUAUUGAAAAAUUGUUUUCAGUCUGACCUAUAAACAUAUCGAAAAAGGUUUUGCUUGAUGUUUUAUUCUGGUACUACACGAUCACUUGGAGUGUUGUUCUUGACUCAGGGUUAACAGUGUUUCAAGAAACCUCUUUUUUUUAAUUACUUGGUUUACAGAUUUUCUUUUUUAAAAACAGAUCCUGUGUAGAACUGCUAUUGCAAAGUUAGGUUGUGGUCACUAAAUAGUGUAGUCUGUAGUGUGGAAUAGUAAGAUAUGUGACCCCAGUUUUCCAACUAUUAGGGCAGAAACAUCUGGAAGCAGUGGACAACUAUUGAAAACAUCCUCUCAUUUAUACACUAUAUGGAAGUUUGGGGAUGUUGGAAAUGGGCCUCCGAAACAAUUACAGUUUUGUUUUUGUGAACUUAUUAUUAACAGACAUUGCAGAAAUAAGAAAUAACUGUUUGCUUUCUUUAUUUUUUUUCCACAUUUGUGAAAUUAGGGUCGGAUGAUCUGUAAUUCAAGUAACAACAAACCUAAUCAAUACGAAAAAUAGGAGCUGAAAAUAUUUUUUAAAAAAGGUAUCAUUGUUUCAAUGGUAUUCCAGCUGUUUCAUAUGUUGGUCGCUGGUACCAUCUACAAUGACGUCAGAACUGAAUUCAGAGGUGAAGACCCUAAUAUAGACCUGAUAGAAUGUGAAGCCUAUUUUGUUCCAACAUCAAGAUCUACCCUCAAAGAGCUGUUGGGAGUGAAGCCAAACAUGCCUGUUUUGAUUUCCGUUUCAAGGGCAUUUUCCUACUCGUGGUAGGUUGUCGGGAAGUGUUAGCUAUAGCUCCAACAAUGCAGCAGUCAACAACCACUAAGCAGCAUACGUGUUUCCAGCAGGUUUCACAUGACAGUUACUGUGUUUUUGCCUUACUAGCCCCUUGCCCCUCAGUGUACCUGCAUGGUGUACCCCACAGUGUACCAGGGUACUUGCUUGGUGGACCCCACAGUGAACCAGGGUACUUGCUUGGUGGACCCCACAGUGUACCAGGGUACUUGCUUGGUGGACCCCACAGUGUACCAGGGUACUUGCUUGGUGGACCCCACAGUGUACCAGGGUACCUGCUUGGUGGACCCCACAGUGAACCAGGGUACUUGCUUGGUGGACCCCACAGUGAACCAGGGUACCUGCUUGGUGGACCCCACAGUGAACCAGGGUACUUGCUUGGUGGACCCCACAGUGAACCAGGGUACUUGCUUGGUGGACCCCACAGUGAACCAGGGUACUUGCUUGGUGGACCCCACAGUGUACCAGGGUACUUACUUGGUGAACCCCACAGUGAACCAGGGUACCUGCUUGGUGGACCCCACAGUGUACCAGGGUACUUACUUGGUGGACCCCACAGUGUACCAGGGUACUUACUUGGUGGACCCAACAGUGUACCAGGGUACUUGCUUGGUGGACCCUCCUAGUACACCAGGAUUGUGCAUGGUGAACAGGCACAACCGGACAGCUUGAAAGGUACAUCAUUAUGCAAGAUUUAUAAUUGUUCAAUUAUUAGUGCUAAUUAUGCAAUAUUGGAUGUUUGAAAUAGACAUUGUCCUUAUGUUGACUUUACUUGUCACAAACGUUUACCAAAUAUACAAAAGACAUCUACAUCAAAUGAAUUUAAAGGUAUUUUGUGGGUAGCCUGAUAAUAAUGUUUGUGAUAUUGUUCUGUUUUAAGAAGUUGUCCAGUAAAUGUGACAUUAGCUGCACUACAUGUAGUCCUGGGGAGUGACUUCCUGUUGCUGUACAGUGUACAUCCUGCCUGUUGUGUUUGUGCUGUGUUACUGUCUUCUGAAGAUCAAACACUCCUCUCAGUUGUCAGUGAAAACAUGGGAGAACUUAAAAUGUCUUCUUAUGUUAAGACCAGACUUUUUCUUCUGCUCGUACAGAUCCGCCUCAACUAAAUUGUGCAACAUUAAUAUUCUUUUUGUAAUUUAAAAAGAAUUAUAUCUAUAAAUCACUGUUUGAUGAAAUCUUAAAUUUGUGUUUUCAUAUUUUUUGUAUCACAUUUUCCAGACUAGUCUACUUUAUUUAACCUCAAAUGAAGCCUGUCAAUAAGCUGAUUUUUAUUUAUUUACCUCCUGUCGUGCAUGUUGUCUAAAUAAAUCUUUAAAGGUCUUACCAAAUUGGUCUGGCCUAGUGAUUAUAAAGAUUGUUAUCUGUACAUCUGUUUUCCUAUUCUGUGAUGUAUGUCUCUGUAGUACUUCUUUCGCUAGUAUGUGUUCAUUUGCAUACCCAACGUGAGAAGAGGGUUUCAUUAUUUUUAUAGGCACAAUUGGUGAAGGCAAUUCUACUUUCCCCUGCCUAUACUUGAGAUCAGAUCUUUUACUCCGAUGCAACACUUCUCUGUGUGACCAUCUGACGACACCUACCUCCACAGAAGGUGACGUCAGGUGGAUACUGAGCCAUCUUUGACUUACAAUGUAAAUAAAGGAUGAUUUGGUUUUUUGAGACAAUCAGCUGUCAGCUUUCUAAAAUAAUAUGGCUUCAUUUCUCUACCACCUUGAAUUUUUAUUUUAGCAACAGGAAAUCCACACAAAUAUGGCUUCAAUGGUACUUCCUUCUGGCUGUAAACAUCAGUGUGUAUAAAAUGUCCCAAUGUAAUGGCAGCGGUCUUCGUUAUAUAUAUUAUGCAAGGUCUCUUUCGAGAUACAGAAAUAUGAUAUACUGUUGCAAUGCUUUGCUUACCGGUACUUGUAUCGAGAAGGGCGGUGGGGUAGCCUGUUGGUUAAAGUGUUGCUCGUCACGCUGAAGGCCCAGGUUCGAUUCCCCACAUGGGUACAAUGUGUGAAGCCCAUUUCUGGUGUCCCCCGCCAUGACAUUGCAUUGAUAUUGCUAAAAGCGGUGUAAAAUCUCACUCACUCACUGUAUCGAGAAUUUAGCUGAUUGGCUGAUCACAAAAUUCACAUGACACAACCUCCUCUGGAGGUGUCCGCAAAUCUAGAUGCAGGAAGGUGUCGUAUCCGAGUAAAAGAUAUGAUUUUAAUGAUAAUGCUGUAAUAUUGCUUCAGUGUUGCUGAAGGCAGUACAUCACUUCACUCACUCCAUGCAUGUGCAUUUACAAACAUGUCAUAAGUGUUGCAAGAGCUCUUGUGGUAUGAAGCAAAACUGAUAUGACAAAUGCAGAAUACAGAUAACAUGUGAAUAUUCCUGAAUGUCUUAGAGUAACCUACCCUUGAUAUGUCAUAAGUCAUGGGUUAGAAUGGAUUGCAUGCAGAUGGAGCGUAGACUCCGGUGUUUUGAGGGAAACUAUACUUCAAACAUGAUGUAUGGAACUGGGAACAUAAUCAGUGCCACAUUCUUGAUAGUUCAGUGUGUCACUUUGAAGACAUUAUUUUAACCAAUAUAGGCUUUCUAUUUCUAUUGAUAUGUAUUUUGAAAUUAUGAAGUAUCUUCUCUACUCUCAGUAUGUUUGAUUCAAUAGAUGCAGAGAUGCCAGCUUCCGAUGUCAAAAUUGUGGUGGAUAUAUACCAUUUGAUUAGAGAGGAAAAGAAUUCUAAAUACAGAAUGAUCAUCCCAACAGCAUUGGCUUUUGACUGCCAUGUUUCUGAAAGUUUUGAAAUAUUUUCGUUUCUUUGGGGAUUAUAAAAAUCUUUAUAUUACAAACUCCUAAUUUAAUUUGAUUCAGGAUUGGCAUCACUUCAAUCAAAAUGCAGCAAUGGUUGAGUCAAAGUUCAUUCAUAAACAAAAUUAAUAACACCUGUCAUAGGGAUAACAGCAUCACAAGGCAGUAUUUGAAUGUUGCAGAACAUCUCCUUACCUUUUGUUUUGGAUGUACUGACAUGCCAGUGAAAUUGACUCGACUGCAGUUAGCAGUUUUAAUUAAUACUGGAGAACAAAUACCCUAGCACAGGAUAACAUGAAAAUGUUUCCAGGUAUUUCAUAUCUACAUUAUUCAUGUCAACAUGGUAAAGACAUUUACAUUUGAAUAAAACAAUUUUAAAGUCCACAAGCAUGUAUUUGAACAUAAUAAUGUAAGUCGAACUUCAUUAGAGUUCCAAACAUUGCAUAUUUUAAAUUCUCAGGGGUUCUAGCAGACAAGGAAUUAGAGUAGGGCUGGGAUGAGUCUAAAUUUACUACCCAGGUACCCACCCCACUAUUACCCGAUCCUACCUGGGUACCCGCUGUAGGACUCCAGAGAUUGGUACAAAAUGUCUGAUUUGGAAUAGUUUGACCGUAGCCUGGAAAAUUGUAUUUAGAUAUACACGUGUAUAUUAAAUCAUCUGGUCAUGCAUACACUGUAGUUGACAGAAGUUUUAUCUCUAUUCAAACAUAUAAAAGUCAAAAGGAAUGUGUGCAUAGUCAGAAAGAAAUGCGAACAUUAGUGACUUGUAGUGUAACCAUAGAGUUCUAGAUCAUUUUUAAUCAUUAAACAAUAUAUCAUAUGAGUAACCAUGGGUCCAGGUAGUCCUGUGGGUACCAGGGUCUGGCUCAGUACCCACCUGACCCGAGUACCCGAGUUACCCGUCCCAGCCCUAAAUUGCAGGUACCUUUUCCCCCACAGGACCAAUGGCCUUUUCUGACCAUGCCGCAUGAGGCCUGAAGUAUGAAGGGACCUGAGAUCAUGGUGGCCGCAGCUGUCACGACUACGAAAUGGCAAUGACCAUAUGGUUAUCAUGUGUGCGAUAAUAUAGGCAUAUUAGUAUUCUUAACCAUUAUCACUAACAUUGACCAUUGUUGGCUAAAAACAUUCAAUGCUUCUGAUGGGGUGUAUACCAAGCAUUGCAGAUUCCAAUAAGUCGUUUCUUCCGAGAUUUUCACAAGUCUAAGAUGAGCAGACAAGUUUAGACCUUUUCCAAGAUGGCGACUGCCGCGAGUUGUUGUAGGCAAAGGGGCUACCUAGGUUGAGUGUUACUGUUUGUAGUCAUUUAAAGCAGAAAUAAAAUGUCAUGUGUGCACUGGUGUCUCGGAGGCAAGAAUGUUGUAUUUGCAGCCUUCAUGUGUGCCAUUUACUGGACAGUUCAAUGAGGAACUAACUGGUCAGUGCUGACCAAUCUCAUUUUCGAGUGUACAUGGUAUUUUUGUUAUGCUAUCAUUUUGUUUGUUUUAAUAAUUUGUUUCCACAUGAAAAUAAAGAGGUAAAUACUUUUCAUAAAAAA